AUGCAAGACCUAACAGCUGAGGUAACGAGCAGUCUGCUGCAGUUUCCAGAGGUGACUCUUCAGGCACUUGGGGAAGAUGAGGGAACCCUCGGCUCUGUGCUGUGCGGGAGGUUUUCUGGAGGGAGAAACGGCCUGGCGUGGUUGGCACGUGGUCCUCACCUUGAGGUGGUGAACUGUGUGACAGGAGAGCGGCUCUCUGCGUACCGUUUCAGUGGAGUCAAUGAACAGCCUCCCACUGUUCGUGUGGUGAAGGAGUUUUCCUGGGAGAAGAGAACUGGACUGCUGGUUGGGUUGGAAGACGCAGAGGGAAGCGUUCUCUGUCUGUACGACCUUGGACUCUCAAGAGUGGUUAAAGCAGUUGUUCUUCCCGGGAGGGUAACCGCUAUAGAACCCAUAGCGAAUCACGGAGGACCCAGCGUGAGCACUCAGCACCUCCAUCAGAGUCUGCGAUGGCUCUUUGGGGUGGCAGCAGUGGCUACAGAUGCUGGCCAUCUACUUCUGGUUGACCUUAGUUUGGAUGAUUGCUCCUGCACUCAGAAUGAUAUCGAAGCAUUGGAUCUAGAAGUUGUCACUAAAAAUCCUGCUGAAGUUGCACAAAGAAGAGAAACUGUGACCAGCGAAGGGAGACGUCUCUGUUUUCAACUACAAAAUGCUUCCGGAACAGCAGUAUCAGCCCUGUGCUACGUAAGCAGAAGCAACCAGCUCGUUGUGGGUUUCUCGGAUGGCUACCUGUCGCUCUGGAAUAUGAAAACUUUGAAGAGAGAGCACCACUCUCAGCUUGAAGGAGGGAGGAUUCCUGUCUAUGCUGUCACUUUUCAAGAGCCUGAGAAUGAUCCUCGCAAUUGUUGCUACUUGUGGGCUGUUCAGUCUACGCAGGAAAGUGAAGGUGAUGUGUUGAGUUUACACCUGCUGCAGUUAGCGUUUGGCGACAGAAAACGCGUGGCCUCAGGACAAGUCAUGUAUGAGGGUUUGGAAUACUGUGGCGAAAAGUUCAGUUUAGAUCUCACGGGUGGAGUCUUUCCCUUGAGAGGCCAGAUGAGUACUAAAUUAAUCAGCUGCCAGACUGUCGAAAAAUUCCGCAGCGACGUUGACGGAGAGGAUAGCGUAAAUGAAGUCACGUCUCCUGACACCAGUGUCUCAGUCUUCAGUUGGCAAGUGAAUACGUACGGUCAGGGAAAACCAUCUACUUACCUGGGUGUAUUUGACAUUAAUCGCUGGUAUUCUGCUCAAAUGCCAGAUUCGCUAAGGCCGGAAGAAUUCCCUCAUGAGUGCCCCUAUUUUGCACUGUGGUCGCUGGAUACCGUAGUGAGCGUGACUUCUCCGAAGCUCCUUUUGGAUAUUCUGGUCCAUGAGCGGAGUCUAAGUCGGGGAGUUCCUCCUUCUUAUCCACCACCUGAGCAGUUUUUUAAUCCAAGCACCUAUAACUUUGAUGGUACGUGCUUGCUGACCUCCGGAGUCGUUCACAUGACUUGCACCGGCUUCCAGAAGGAGACCUUGAAUUUUUUGAAGAAAUCUGGCCCUUCAAUAUGGGAAGCCAUUCAGGAGAGCUACAAUAGGUGUCUUGUAGCUGGCUUGCGGUCUCCAAGACCAGUUGAUGUCCAGCCAUCCAGUUUGAGUCAGGAGGAGCAGCUGGAAGCAGUAUUGUCAGCUGCUGUCCAGACAGGUUCUGUGGGACUUCUGACUGGAUGCAUUAAACAUUGGAUAUCUGAAGAGCAGCCGAGUUCUGCUGGUAAUUUACGGUUUGUUCUUGAGUGGACAUGGAACCAAGUGAUCUCUACAAAGGAAGAAUUUGACCAAAUCUGUGUUCCGCUGUUUGAUGGCUCUUGCAACUUCAUUGACGCCCAGACAUUAUGGUCUCUCCAGCGCUGCCAGUUGCUUUUGAGCAACCUUAGCACGGUCUUAAACUGUUUUCUCACAGAAGCACAAGAGCUUACUGGAAAAGGUUUUGCAGACGUGACAAAUAAGCAAGCGGUAACCGGCCUCAUUUCUUUGUAUGCACGAGUGGUCAUCUGGUUCUGUCGAUCCGGUCUCCUUCCAGAGGGUUUAGAUGACGAUACGCGUUUGUCGAGACCUUUCUACAAUUAUCCUCUGAUUGAGAGCUACUAUACUGGUCAGCGACAGAAACUUGAGCGUUUAUCAAGAGGAAAAUGGGACUCGGACUGCUUGAUGGUUGAUGGAAUGGUUUCCCAGUUAGGAGACCAAGUGGAGAAGCUGUGGCGGAGAGAUGCAGGAGGAACUGGGAAAUACCCGCCUGCCAGUUUGCAUGCACUGCUGGAUCUCUAUUUGCUAGAAAGCAUUGAAGAAAACUGCAAACACGCAAUUACAAUUUACUUGCUGCUGGAUAUCAAGCGUUCCUUUCCGAGUGAGACAGAGACUUCAGUCGACUCCUUUGCAACUGCCUUUGGCAUGCCUUGGGGACUUGUUAAGCUUGUUGAAGGUUUUUGGCUUCUAGAUCACAAUGGUUACGAAAAUUCACUGGCCCUGCUCUUUCAUCCCGCUACAAUCAAAACCGCGUCAUGGCAGCACAAGAGAAUUAUUCAGUCCCUCCUGUGCCAAGGGGAGCAUGGGCAAGCCCUCAGAUAUAUCCAGAUGAUGAAUCCAUCAGUGUCAAGCAGCGGGGAAGUGCAGCUUCUCCUCACUGUGUUGCUCUCCAAUAGGUGCAUGGUGGAGGCUUGGGGUCUGUUGCACCAACAUGCCGCUCAGGCAAACUUAGAAGACCUCUUAAAACACAUGUACGAAAUGUGCCGGGAGAUGGGCCUGAUGGAAGACUUGCUGAAGCUGCCCUUCACAGACACCGAACAAGAGUGUUUGGAGAAGUUUUUAAGGACCAGUGCUGGUGUUCAGAAUCAAGAAUUCCUUUUAGUUCACCAUCUGCAGCGUGCCAACUACAUUGCAGCACUAGAGCUGAAUCAAUCCAUGAAUGUCAAUCUUAUGAAUGAUCAUGAUCCUCGCUUGAGAGAGAGGACAGUUGCCCGAAAUUCUGCAUUACCCCAAUAUGGCAAGAUCCUUCCACGAAUUCAAAGGAAGCUGGCCGUAGAGAGAGCCAAGCCUUACCAUUUGCCUGCGUCGGUCGUAAGAGAAGUCUCAAGACCAACGCCAUUAUCCACAGUAACAAACCCAGCUAAUGCAGGACAUUUGUGUACUAGAGAAAAUUUCCUCAGUGCUGUAUUGCGCAAAACUGGAGAAGUCUGGGAAGGAAAUGAGCAGGAAACCAGUUUCUCACAAGUUGAUAGACCUCGAGCUACAGGACCACCAGCCAUAACACAUCCUCUCCCUGGUGCAGAGUGGCGCGAUGCAUUUGUUGGGACGCCAGUUACGAAAUCUUCAUGGAAGCGUUCCAGGUUGCCUGAUUUGAUGGUCCAUCCCGUUCCUUCAUGUUCUGCAGCACAGUCACCGUGCAGAGCUUCCACUUCGUUCAUGCCAUCCAGCCCACCGAGAUCAAAUAUGCAUGGUUCCACCUCACAAAAUAAUUUUUCAGGAGGCUCAGAGCUGAAUUUACUUACCACUCCUCCUGUGGUUAAGAGAGCUAAAGUUUUGGCCACAUCUGCUUCUGGUGUUCCUGGGUUUACUCCUCGGUCUGUUCUCAGAUCCAGCCUUCGCACCACUCCCCUAGCUACUCCCUCCGCGUCUCCGGGACGAUCGGUCACUCCUCCUUUACGAGCAAAGGAGCCUAGGAUAUCAUUCAGGGAGGAGAACUCGAAUGCAGCGUGGACUGUUGGGGUGACAGAAGAUGCUAAAGUGCUGUCUGGACCUUCGUCUGAGCAUCAUCAUCGUGGAGUGGUGGAGGAUGCUUGGUCGGAAAGUAGAGCUAAACCAACUCUGUUGACUCUGAGCAAUCCCGAGGAUGAUCGUGCUGAAACGGAAGAGUCUUCAGAAAGCAUACCCGGAGAUGGUUUGGAGAAAAUGGAUGUCAGCAAAGAAAAUAGUAACAUCUCUGCCAGAAGUGAAACAAACUACCAGGAGUCCAAAAUGUCCUCUUCGUCCGAAGAAAAAGCCAUAGCAGUUGCACCAAAUGCACAGCUUUCUGCAUCCCCGGAGACAGACGCUGUGAUAAGUAUCCUUGACAGUGAGGACAUGGUCAGUACUCAUUCAGAAAAUCGCCUCGAGGGGAAGUGUGUGGAUUUACCUGAAGACCAGAACCAGGAAGCAGCUGAAGUUGAAGAAAAUGUUCCUUUUCUGCAGGAAGAAAUAACUCUUUCUCUCAAUCUUCCUAAAACUGAGGAAACGACUGUGAUUGAAGACAGUGGGGUUAAGGCACAAAUCUCUGAAGAGGCACCGGAAACACCACCCUAUAGUGAACGACAUCCAUCAGGCAAUCUUCCAUACACCUGUGAUCCUAUAGAGCAGCAGUUUGCAUGUGAUUUGCCUGACGAUAAAGAUGGUGAAUGUGAUGCAGCUGAGGGAGAUGGAGAGCUUUUUAUAUCUCAGAGUAAUUUUACUUUAGUCUUGGAAGAAGAAGGUGGUGAAGGGGAGAUGGGAGACCCUACACUAGGAGAUGCUUCUAAGCCGGCUGGCGCAACAACAGAGGAGAAACCUGUGAACAGUUUAGGAAAUACUGAAAACCAAGAACAUGUUACAAACGCAGCAUCCACUGUAACUAAUGAUCAGGAAUCUCAAAAUAUUGUAGAGUCGCUUCCAUAUGUGCCUGAACCCAUUAAGGUGGCUAUUGCUGAGAACUUACUGGAUGUAAUCAAAGACACAAGAAGUAAAGAAUUCACGUCUGAAGUUGUAGAACAAUCUAUUCAUGAAACCAUAGGAAAAAAGGGAACUAGAUUCCAGAAGGCCAGAGCUCCUUUAACAACUGUGCCAGAAGGAGUGGAAGAUGAAACCAGCAUCCAUCAAGUGGAGUAUGUUAGCACUCCUAGAACACGCACAAGGGGACAACUGAGUAGAAGUUUAAGUAUUCCAUCUGCAGGUGCUCAGCAACUUCUGAAGGCAGAUAAACCGUUUCUGGUUGGACUGUCUCCUCGGAGAAGUACCAGGCGAGCCAAAGAAGCCCCUGAGACUUCUGGUCUUCAAACAGAAGAAAAUGCUCAAGGUGAGCAAACACCUGUGAUGCCUGUUACUCCUAGGAGAGGUAGGAAGCCUAAAGUGACUAACGUACAGAAAGUAGAAAGCAGCCAUUCUGACGGACAAACAUUGUCCGUCAGUACGCAGUCCAUAGCCGUUACUCCAAGAAGAGGAUUAAGGAGAGCAAAGGAAGCUAUGUCUGAAGUCUUGGAAGAAGAGGCUAUUGAGGAAACGUCUCUCUCUGAGGGUAGCAUUACUGCUUCUGCUGCUUCCAAGAGGACUAGAGGAGGAAAAAGUUCAGCAGGAGAUCAAGGACCUGGCCAGGCUGACCCUGAUCAUAAGGUAAAACCAGCCGUCAGUCCCAGCAGAAGGGCAGGAAAACUGAAGGGCAUUAAUUCACAAUUUACUGAAAGUAUUGUCAAGGACCAAGAGGCGCAGUCUAGUGACCAAGUCCUUUUACCUGUGCCAACUAAAAGAGGCAGAAGAAGAAAGAUGAGUUCAUCAGAAGUUUCAGAAAAUUCUGACCUUGAUCUGUCUAAAUCGUCACUUCCUCAAACAGAAUUUAAACUUCCUGUGACUCCUAGAAGAAGUGCUAGGAAGGGGGCCCAAAAUCUCUUGGCAGAGACACAAUCUCUCUCUACUCGGGAAGGCAUACGUUCAGGCGGGAAGGUGGAAAUCCUUGCUACUCCCAGGAGAAGUACCAGAAGAGUUCCACAUGCUAAGCCAGAAAAAACGGAUACUCAUGAGCAAACACCUGCACAGCCAAAGGAGGAAUUAACCCCACCCAGGACGGCAGUAAGGACAGGGCGUCGGGGCAGAAAGAGACGAGCAGUGUUGGAGGAGAGCACGGGGGAGGGGGCCUUCCCCCAGGGACCUGGUGGCAGUCCUUUGCUGCUUGAAGACUUAAAUCCAUCAGGACGUGAUGAAACAUCAAGAACUUCAACAGAUCGCGUUAUGAGCACCAGAUCCCGCAAAACUGCCGUGCAUCAGAAACUGCCUGUUGAGGAAAAUGCGUCCUUCCUUUUCUCCCCUCCUCUCACAAAGCUGACAAAGAAAUGUAAAGGACCACAAGAAAAGGAGGCUCUUGGUCACCUC